AUGGGGCUGAAAUUACUUGCUGCAAAGUACCUGCUCAUCCUUAUUCUUCUUUCCACAUAUAAAAGUCUUCCUGGCGCCUAUUUUGUGCGAUUCUACAUCCCUGUCUUCCGCAAUCUCAUCAUUCCUCAGUUUAAAGGCACACAUACUAAGAACAUAGAGAGUUUACAGAAAGAUGACAAUGGUUGCUUCUCGUAUACUAGUCUUAAGACGUACGCUUCGCCGUUUGAGUGCGACUUCUACAUGCACAAGAGCAAUAGUACAUAUUUCGAAGAACUCGACAUCGCAAGAACUGACUUGAUGACAAAGGUAUUUCAAAAACUAUUUCUCAACUCUAAGCAGUAUCCUUAUGUUCCGGUGGCCAAUGUGUUUACAAACUUUUUAAAGGAGAUUAAGCCUUUCCAACCAUACGAGAUACGUAGCUGCAUUUUAUGUUGGGACGAAAAGUGGAUAUAUGUACUAAGCCGCUUCUUAAUCAACGGUGGCUUGCAGCUGGCAUCAAUUUCGAUUACAAAGUAUGUUUUGAAAGAUGGUAGGAAAACGAUACCCCCUAAGGAUGCUUUGGAAUUUUGUGGCCUGUACAACCCAGAAGUCAGUCAAAUUGCCAGCCGCAACCUGCAGUUAUUGUCAACUCAUUGCGGCUUUCAUGAAACCAGCCCACUGGAAAAGAUUGAGCAUGAGUUCAACCAGAUUUGA